AUGGAAGCCCAAAAGAGCAGGAGGGAUUCUUUACUUCAACGAAGCAUUCUGCUUAGUAUGAGGCUAGAUAAUGGGCGAUCCGCACAUGCGAUGGGAUCUAGAUCGCGGAAAACCGCUGUUGGCAGCAGUAAUGUGGUAAAGAGCUGGCGAAUGUCCUAUUCGCCACAAAAGACUUCAUUGAAGCAGUCAUCGCCUUCGAAAUUACUGCGAAAUGGAUCGGUAGCGACAAGAAACAGGGGCGAGGAGCAGAGCUUGAUCCCAUCGCCGGCUCGAUUGCAAUCCGAUGGCUCGAAAUCGAAGCAAUCUCCCACUGUGGGCCUGAAAGUACUGUCGCUGGCCGAUUUCGAAAUAGGUAAGAAGCUGGGAAAGGGAAAGUUUGGACGAGUGUAUUGCGUGAGACACAAGGAGACAGGGUUUAUUUGCGCAAUGAAAGCUAUGGAAAAGAAGGAGCUCGUUCAGAACAAUGCCCAGAAACAAUGCAGGCGAGAAGUGGAAAUACAAAGCGCUUUGAAUCAUCCUCAUGUAACAAAGCUGUAUGGGUUCUUUCACGAUGAAAAGCGUGUGUACCUUUUGAUGGAGUACAUGGUUAAUGGCGAGCUUUACAAACUACUUAAGGCGAAGGGGCCUUUCAACGAUAUCAGGGCCUCUCAUUACGUCUAUCAGAUGGCGGACGCGUUGGAUUUUUUGCAUCAGAGAAACAUUAUACAUCGUGAUAUCAAGCCUGAAAAUAUCUUGAUUGGAUUUAACAAUAUCAUCAAGCUGACUGAUUUUGGUUCAAGCGUUGUGAGCCCGCGAGGGACAAAAAGGAAAACGCUGUGUGGUACUAUUGACUAUCUGUCUCCAGAAUUGAUCAAUUCGAGGGAAUAUGACGAUAAAGUUGAUAUUUGGGCCCUCGGGGUUCUCGCAUAUGAAUUGGUGGUGAAUUGUCCGCCGUUUGAGGAGGAGUCCAAGGAUCUAACUUACAAGAGGAUUGUCAAUGGAGAUCUGAGGUUUCCUAACACUAUUUCUUCAGAUGCCCAAGAUCUGAUAAGAAAGCUCCUGAGACAUAAUGCCAAAGAUAGAAUUUCGCUUCGAGAAGUAAAGAAGCAUCCCUGGAUACUGAAGCACAAAUCCUUUUGGUAA